GUAACGCCGCGCCCCUUGUCAAGCGCGCUACCCCAACUAAGAUUGACUCUACGUGGUUAAAUGUACCCACUAUUUAAAAUUAAUAUUCUACUAAACAUAUAUCUAUAAAUAUACAUAUUCACUUUACUACUUAAUUAGACUUUACAGCUUAUAUCAUAUAAAUUUUGUUUAGGUUUCUUCAUCAUUUGACUGUAUUACUUUGGUUAUAAUUAAAAAUUAAAACAAUAUUUUUAAAAACAAAUAUUUAUUUUGUUUAAUUAGAUAGAUUCAUUAAUUAAAAUAAACUUAUAUCAUGAUAAUGUCAAUCGUACCACUAAAGUUAUUUAAAUUUUAUAAAUAUAAAUACUGUACUUAGAGAUAUAAUUACAGAGAUAUAUUUAUUUAUAUGUAAAAGAGAGGAUGAGCAUAAUGGGACUUGUACUGCAAAGUUUAUCUAAAAUCCAGUUAAUGUCAUAUGAGUAAAGUUUCAUAAAGUGUAACAGUGGUAAGUGUGAACUGAGUACAAAGACUUGAGUGCUGUGUGUUAAAGUUAAAUGUAAACUUUAUACUACCCUUCUUUAUAUAUUUUAAAAUUAUUUUUUAUACUCCAAGUUAUCACAUAAAGUAACGAUAUAAAGAAGACAAUUUUUUUUUAUUAAAAAUAAAAAGUAUAUAUUAUUAUUAUUUUGUUCAUUGUAAUGAUUAUUAAAGUUGUUGUUGUUGUUGUAAAAACUGUUAAAUAAGUUUGUACAGUGACUAGAAGUUACAAAGGUGAAUGAUAGGUAAUGGAUUGGUUACGUGAAAUGCGAUAGAGUUCACGACAAGAUUGAUGACCAUAUACGAUAAUAUGUAUACUUUAGUGGAAUUAUAAUAAUUAUAAUAAUGUUUUAUACAUUAAAUAAUGAUGAUAUCAAACAUGACUGAUUACAUGUUCACUCACGUACGAUUGAAUAUCUAUUUAUUUUUUUAAAUAUCAAACUGCUUUGAGAUUUACGUGUGCAGACUAAUAUUCAGUGUGUUUGAGUUCCAAUAAUCCAGUGAUCGACAAAGUUUAGUAUUGAAUUAAAUCAUGAUUCACUGGACAGUAACCCAAGGCAACCCGGGCUAGUGAGUAGGAGAAAAAUUAAAAAAAGACGGCGAAACAAAUAUUUUAACAAAGGUGGCCAGCAAGUACAAGAUGGGAAAACAAACAGCACAAACUCGUGGGUGGGGCUAGAUAAGAUUAAUAAUCUUUGAACAGUCAUGUGGCGUAAGGAGCUGCUGAUGUGUUGGUGCCUUGCUAUGCUGUCGUCAUCGCAAUCCCACACAGUUACAGAUUUAUCAACAAGGGAGCUCAUUACAAUAUCAAGCACACCAUCAACGAAAGCAACAAAAGCAACGAAAGGAACAACAGUGAAACGCUCGAUGCCAACUGACUCACCGAUGUUGAACUACAUAUUUGAUAUUCACAGCACGCUAAAUAAACAUCAGCAUCACAGAGAUAAUCGGUGGGGACCUCAUUUUGAGGGUGAAAGCCAGAAUGUCACUGCUCAAGCUGGUGCAACUGUAAUUUUAGACUGCAAAAUAUCUCUACUACAAGGCAAAACUGUCUCGUGGAUACGAAGACAUGAAGACGGUGAAAAGAUGACAUUACUCACGUAUGGUCAGCAAACGUACACUGGUGAUACGCGUUACUCUGUUGAAUUUCAGUAUCCAGAUAACUGGCGAUUGAAAAUUCGAAAUGUUAAUAGUAGUGACGAGGGUCAGUACGAGUGUCAAAUAAGCACUCAUCCACCAAAAAAUAUUUAUGUAAAUCUUCAUAUUAAUGCGCCUUCAGUGCAAAUAGUAGACGCUGCGGGUGACCCAUUGAGAGACAAAUACUAUGAAGCUGACAGUACAAUUGAAUUGUUGUGUGUUGUCCGACACAUGGCAAUGCAAGUUCAGUACAGCGUAGUUCAGUGGCUGCAUGGCAACCGGAUCUUAAACUACGACACAACCAGAGGGGGUAUUAGUGUAAAAACAGAUUUGAUGGAUGUUGGAGCGAACUCUACCCUGAGUAUAGCCAAAGUGGGACCAGCUGACAGUGGUAAUUACACCUGUGUAUUAACUACUAUGCCAGAUCAACCUGCGACUGUUCACGUUCACGUGCUUAACGGAGAAAGUCUAGCUGAGUUGCAUCAUGGCACAGCAAACAUGAUAAUAAAUAACACCAUCUAUUUUAUUAUUUUACUUGGGUUAAUACUAAAUCAACUGCUUGUACUGAGAUGAAGAUACUCCUCUAAUAAUAAUAACAACAACAACA